GAAUAUAGGUUUCCAUUGUAACAGAGAAGCAUCGUUCUUCAACUGGUAGAGUAUACAUUUUGCCAGUAAUAGGAUCCAAGACAAGUAGUUGAUCACCAGUACUGUUGAAAAUCACUUUCCCAUCUUUCGAUAGGCCUUUCGGCCUUCUCAUCAUACCCAGGGGAGGAGAGAAGGAAAAUAACUUGCACCAACACUCUCCUACAGUUUCGCCAUAUUGCUGCAACACCCAUAUCUCAAAAAUCCGUUCGACAUCCCCACCUGCGCAAGGCAAGCGGUUCUGACAAUGAAAGAGUGCAAUGGUCUCAUCCUUCAGCAUGAACACAACAGGAGCAUCGACAUAACGAUCAUACUUGCAGGGAUUUGGCAAUGUUUUGCUGGCCUGAAUCCCUUCACUGCUCAUGUCAAACGAAACAAUUGUAAUGGUACUUUGGUAGACGUUUGUAUAUACACUCUCCCCUCCUACCCAGAAACAUUUGCUCUUUCUCCCACUCAGCCUCACUCUAGGAAAAUACUGUGGGAUUUGAGAAUCAUCUAGUCCCACAUAUGGACGCACCCAAAAAUGACCCUAUAUUUUUUAUUUCCCGCCAAAGCCCAAAAUAGAUCCCGUCUCUUCUCCCGACGUCCAGUAACGUUUCAAAUUCCUGCAGUUUUGGGUGUCAAUCGUCGUCGGGAACGGAAGCACUUGCGAUUUAGGCUUUAAUCAUAAGCUGUUAGACUGGACUCUACUACCACGGCAAGAGUAGAGGGUCGAACCGUGGGAGAAGUGAAGAAAGAAAGAAAUCGACCACUUUCCCCUUUUACCUCGUUUCAACCCAUAACGUUAUCUUUCCUUCUUGCUUCCGCCAGUUCAGUCCAAGCUUCUAAAACCUAGAAAGGAAGUUGAUUCUCAGCUAUGGAGCGAGAGAAAGAUGCUUUCUAUGUUGUAAGGAAAGGCGGUAUGAUCGGGAUCUACAAGAGCUUCCCGGACUGCCUAGCUCAAGCCGGUUAUUCUGUUUCUGAUCCUUCAGUGAGUGUAUUCAAAAGGAUAUGGUUUGCCCAGAGAUGCUGAGGAUUACCUUGCAUCACUUGGGCUUAGAAAUGCUGCUUACUCUGUCAGUGCCACCGAUGUUCAGACUGAUCUCUUUGGGAAACUUGAGCCUUGCCGCAUCCAGCCGCCAGCUUCAAACAAGGGGUCUUCUUCAGAGCGCUAUCAGGAAACACCCACUGUACAUAGGUGUGGAGUGGCUAUAGUCAUGGAAACCUCCCCAAACAUGUAUCCGAAAUUACAGAAUGAUGGAAGCAGCAACCCAGUUCCAACCAGCUCAGUAUGGCGUUUCUCUGAAGGUGUGGGGAUUGCAACGAACAAUGUUGCUGAAUAUCGAGGUGUGAGUCUGGGAAUGAAGCAAGCACUCAAAAAAGGGUUUAGAGACAUUAGUGUACAGGGGGAUUCUAAUCUUGUCUGUAUGCAGGAAUUCAAUUCUGAAGCUGAUGCACUGGCAAACCAGGCUGUUCAGCUCAGGGAUGGGCAAGUGCACGAGGCUUUGAUCACCAAGUUAAGCAGCUCGAAUACCCUGUCUAUUCUCCAUGGUUUGCCAUGUCCGGUGAGGCCUUCCCGGAGCUGCCGUGACCUCCUCCAGUCUCUGAAGUCUCUGUAUUUCUUCAUACGGCGACCAGUUCACGUCGUGUUUGCUUUUGCCUUAGCUUGUCAAUUGGCAGCUGGCAUGGAGUUGUCGCUCUCGACCAGAGCGAGUGCGAAGUGUCGAAAGGCCAAAAGCUCUGUGGGAAUUGAAUUCAAUCACUCGACAAUGGCGACGUUCGCAGCUUCAUCCUCGACUCUGCCCUCCAUAUCUACUCCCAGUUCUCACUGGAUUCCGCCUUCCAAGUCUUUACCCCUUCCAACUACCGUCCACUUCAGAAGCCAUCAACUCUGCAUUUCUUUCAACGCCGUCGUGCUGAAGAGUCGGAAUUCCCGCUGCUCCUUAAGACUGAGGUCAGCCGAGCAGGAUACCUUAAUCCCAGAACAAGAAGAGCCAGUCGCAACCCAGGAAGACGCUGCUGCUGAACAGCAGACCGUGUCCGUCCCCGUCUCUCCUUCCGACACUCUUACCAUGUACUUUGAUGCGGAGGGAACUAUGAGCGACGCAGCUAUUCCCGCAGUGACCAGGGCUUUAGAGGGGACUGAAGGCGUUGGAGGAUUAAAGGUUCAAGUUCUCGAGGGUAUUGCUAGUGUCCAGUUAACAAAGCAAACCACAGUGCAAGCAACAGGAGUGGCGUCUAGUCUUGUGGAGCUCAUACAAGGUUCAGGUUUCAAGUUGCAGACUUUGAAUUUGAGUUUCGAGGACGAGGAGGAUCUCGUAGCUUAGAUCAAGCAAAUUUUUGUAAGCCAAACAGGAGAGUAAAAGUACUUCAAAGCAUGUAUCUCGUCAAGCUUGAAGAAAUUGUUUAUCUAUAUCAUUGUAUCUGAUAGGUUUGCCAAUGAAUUAUCUCGAGAUGAAUGGAGGAUAAUGCCAUAAUUCUAAUCCGUUCUUGAAAAGAUUGAACCUAGACUUGUUGGUUGCCAGCCUAUCGUCGAUGAUGGUGCACUUGACAUCCUGACCAGUUGGGGACGCUAUAGCAUGUUUAGAACAGCGGCAGGUUGAACUUGUA